AUGACGCAGACGCAGCCGCAGAGUGGCGGCUCUCGCGGCGCAAGCCGGCGUUGGCACGCGCCUGCCCACUUUGGUUGCCUCCACUGCGCGCGUUCGCCCGCCACAGGGCGAUGCAGCGAGGUCGCCGGCGCGGCUCAGCACCCUCCGCGGGGCUCCGACCUGUUGCGUCACUUCGAGUGCGGGCGGGGGCGGGCGCACCUUCCGCUCCACUGGUUUCCCAUUUCUCUAGUGGGUCUGUGUUUUGCGCCAGCUGCGAAUGCCUCCAGCACGCGCCUUCAAGCCGACGAGAAUGAGUCCCCGCAGAAGACAUGUGUCGCCGCCGCGGCGACGGCGAAUAGGCCGGUGCACGCGGGCCUGGCGGCGGUGCGGUGCGGUGAAGUGGACGACGCGCCAGGGGGAUUGUGUGGAACUGCCCGCGCGCGCCUCACCUCGAUCAAGGACGGAGGCCCAUGGCAAAUGCGGCGGCCGCGGUGCCGGGGCUCAGUGCCUCGCAAAGGGGGAGCCAAGGACCGGCGGCCAGUCCCUUCGACUCGUUGUUGGCCCCCCGGUGGCGGCAGUUGGGCUUUUUUUGGGCGCCGCCGUGCGCAGGGGGCCCGGGGCAAGUGCAGUGGGCUUCCCGCCCAACAGCUGCGCGCGCCGAAGUGCGGCGGCACCUCUCGCGCUGGGGAGGCUUCGGUAAACUAA